AAUGGAUUCAAACUCGGACAAGUUGACUCAAACAAAUAUGACAAGAAAUACAAGCCUAACUUCAAUAGAAAGUGGAUUUGUCUCUUUAAAUGAACCUAAAACAAAAGAAGCAAUGACUGUUGAUAUUGAUUUAAUUUGUAAUAAAAUGGAGGAAAAAAAGAAAGGCAAAAAUGUCGAAAUUUGUACAAAAAUUGGGAAAAUACUCGAUCUUUUCAAGGAGUUGGCAGAGAAAGCAAGACUCAAUGUUAAGGUUAUUUUCUGUUAA